UAUCCUUACAGACGCUAUUUACAAUUGUUGAUAAUAACAAUAAUGUUUAUAUAGCAUAACAAUUUAUCUGAUAUUCUCAAUACAUCAUCAUUUAUUUCAUUGUUAUCAUUUAAAGCUUACUGACUACUAUAAAUCAGUUCAGUCAAUGUCAAGUAUACAAGAAGUAUUCAUUGAAGCUUAUUUGAUAUUUCUCAACAAUUUUUACUAGCUAUCAUAUCAAAUUUUUCUGAUAAUUAAUGUUAUGAAAAUAAUGAUGGAUGUUGCUGUUAAUUUAAAAGCUGUUAAAGAGAAAAUAUCUCAAGCUUGUGCUCGACGUUCGCCGGAAUUUAAAAAUAUUAUCCCAAGACUUGUCGCUGUCAGUAAAACGAAGCCUGCAAGUUCUGUACUUUCUGCUUAUGAAGCUGGGCAAAAACACUUUGGAGAAAAUUAUGUUAACGAACUGAUAGAAAAAGCUUCUCAUCCUGAAUUAAUUACCAAAGAUAUCCAUUGGCAUUUUAUCGGUCAUCUUCAAAGGAACAAAGUUAACAAGGUUUUAGCGGUUCCAAAUCUUUAUAUGAUUGAAACAAUCGAUACAGAUAAAUUGGCAUCAGCUGUAGAUACUGCUUGGCAGAAGUUUAGGAAAGAAGACAGCUCUAAGCUCAAUAUUAUGGUACAAAUAAAUACCAGUAAAGAAGAAGAAAAGAGUGGAUGUGAUAUUGAACAUGCUUCUGCUCUUAUCAAGCAUGUCAUAGAAAAUUGUAAAAACCUCAAAUUUGUAGGAAUUAUGACUAUAGGUGCUUAUGGAUAUGAUAUUGCUAAUGGUCCUAAUCCAGAUUUUUUAUCGUUGGUAAAAUGCAGAGAAGAUAUUUGUAAAGAAUUGAACAUUAAUAAAGAUGAGGUAGAGUUGUCAAUGGGUAUGUCUACUGACUAUGAACAUGCAAUUGAACUCGGGAGUACAAAUGUACGAGUAGGCAGUGCAAUAUUUGGCAAGCGACCACCGAAAGAUAAUUGAUUAAUUUAAAUUUUAUUAUAAUUAAACAUUAACAGAUUUCUAUAAAAAAUAUAAUUGAUGUUAAGUAAGAGAAAGGCAUAUUUCAUUAAAGUUAUUCAAUAUCUCAGUUA